GCCGGUGACAGCACGGCCAUGCUGCGCAACGGGGCGGCGGGCGGCGGCGGGGCCGCGGCGGGCGGCGGCGGCGGCCAGCGGCCCGUGCGCGUCUGGUGCGAUGGAUGCUAUGACAUGGUGCACUAUGGCCACUCGAACCAGCUGCGCCAGGCGCGGGCCAUGGGCGAUUACCUGAUCGUUGGGGUCCACACGGAUGAGGAGAUUUCCAAGCACAAGGGCCCCCCCGUCUUUACACAGGAGGAGAGGUACAAAAUGGUGCAGGCCAUCAAGUGGGUGGAUGAGAUUGCUCCUGGAGCUCCUUAUGUCACCACGCUGGAAACCCUGGACAAGUACAGCUGUGAUUUCUGCGUGCACGGGGAUGAUAUCACCUUAACUAUUGAUGGCAAGGACACCUAUGAGGAAGUAAAGACAGCAGGGCGAUACAGGGAAUGCAAACGCACUCAGGGCGUGUCCACCACGGACCUUGUUGGCCGCAUGCUGCUCAUGACUAAGGCUCACCACAGCAACAUAGAUGAGGACCUAGACUAUCGGAAGCACACUGACAACUUUGGGAAGGGGCCCAAAGGUCACAGUCCCUGGACUGGCGUCUCGCAGUUCCUGCAGACAUCCCAGAAGAUCAUCCAGUUUGCGUCAGGGAAGGAGCCACAGCCAGGAGACACCAUCAUCUAUGUGGCUGGAGCCUUCGACCUGUUCCAUGUUGGUCAUGUGGAUUUCCUGGAGAAGGUUCACCAGCUGGCAGAGAAACCCUAUAUCAUUGCUGGGCUGCAUUUCGAUCAGGAGGUGAAUCGCUACAAAGGGAAGAACUAUCCCAUCAUGAACAUCCAUGAGCGAACCCUCAGUGUCCUGGCCUGCAGGUAUGUCUCAGAGGUGGUGAUUGGAGCUCCCUACGCUGUCACUGCUGAUCUGUUGGAUCACUUUAGGGUAACACUUGUUUGUCAUGGGAUGACUGAGGUGGUGCCAGACAAGGACGGUUCUGAUCCAUAUGAGGAACCGAAGCGACGUGGCAUUUUCCAGCUGGUGGACAGUGGUAGCAAUCUCACCACAGAUCUAAUUGUGCAAAGAAUCAUCAAGAACAGGCUCGAGUUUGAGGCUCGUAACCAGAAGAAAGAAGCAAAAGAGCUGGCAGUGCUGGAGGCCAUGAGAAGGCUGGAGGAGGAGAAGCACUAGGCAGCAGAGCGUGGAUGCGUGAGCCACAGAGUGCUGCAACCUCACCCUCUGGAGAGCAACUGCUCUUCAGGAAAGGACCCCUGAAGGGGGGCAGCACUGCUGGCACGCAGGAUGUGCUGUCCUGCCCUCUGCUGUCCUAGCUCCUCCUGCACUAAUUAUGCAGACAUAACGAGUUGGGAUUCCGUUGCCUAGUUUUAUCUCCAUUAAUCAGUCCCUGUCCCUUUUCCCAGGAGAUUUGACAAAAAAAAAAAAGUUUUAAUUAUAACUAAUGUUUAAACACGUUGAUGUGCUUUUACCUUCUGCCAUUUCUGGCUCUUAGUAGGAGGGAAGUGGAGGAGCUGCCCAUGUCCCCUUGCCCUGCCAGACUCAGUUGUCCUGACUGGGGUCUGCAUUCCAGAGCAGCCCCUUGGCAGUGGUGUGGGUGGCCGAACAGACAGUGAGAGCAGCCUCAGGGACAAGACAGGGCUUACAUGGUUCCUCCUGCAGCUUUUGCUCAGGAACAAGGGGCUGGCUGCCAGAGAUGCUGCCUCUUCUCAGCUCCUGCUGCCCCAGUGCCAGGCUGCAGGUGGCAGCUGCUGAAGGGGCAGGUGAUGCUGGGUGAAGGCAUUUCUCCACACAAGGCAUAGGGAUCCUGGGGCCUUUGCCCAAAGGCUCUUCCAUUUGUGAGGCAGCAGGACUCAAUGCCUUGUGUGGACUGUGCCCACCUUGUGCCCGAUGGCUUACCUGAGGGCAGGACCUGGCCAGGUGAAGUUUUAGGGUUGUUUUCUGAUGGCUGACAUGCAGUGUACCUGCAUCUAAGGGGAGGUACAGGGCUGGGAGAGUGGGUCCUGAGCUGUGAGCCCCUUUUGCCUCUUACAUUCCAGGAUACUGUGGUGGGUAUCCUGAGCAGCUCACUGCACUGUGCCAGAUGGUCCUUCCAGGCUCCAUCUGGUGUCCUCUCUCUUGUAAACUUUUGUUGCUGAUCAUUAAUAAAAUGUUGAAGAGUU